GGUGGGGCGUGGCACUUGCAGGAGGGCCCCCACUUGUCCCUACCUCUCUCCUCUGAGGUCUGAAGCAAACAAUGGGGGGGGCACUCCUUCACAUUACCCAGGAGCCAGUGAGUGGCCCUCUCCAGGGUCAUGGGAACCACUCUGGGAGAACUGGAAAAUCCAGUUGCCGGGUCUCUUGGUGCCCCCCACACCAGUGCUGAGGGCCCAGGUAGAGUGGCUGUUUCCCUUUCCCUUCUGCCGUGGGAGAAGUGAGGUAGCCACAAUGGGGUCUUCGAUGCCCGUCUUCCUCCUCCUGGCGCUCCUCAACACCUCACAUGCAGCAGGGCCAAAGGUUAUUCUGAAAGUAAAGCUGGCGGAGGUUUUCCAGGCCAAGGCCUCCCAGGACUCCAGCUUCCUGGGCAUGCUCCAAAAGAUCUGCCUCCUCCUUCACCUCCCAUCGGGGACCAACAUGACCCUCCAUCACAAGGGGCCACUACACCAUCUCACCUGCAGAACCUGAGGGCAGCUGAAUUCAGCUUUCAGCUUUGGGGAGUGGGUAACGGAAGUGAGCCGGCCUUGACCUAGCAGGCCCUCACCGUACCACAUGCUAAUAAACAGGUGGGAUCUAAUGACUGGCCUGGUGUGUGCAGUGGGUCUGUGAGCACAGGACAUGCCAGCG